GGACCCGCGGCGCUGCUCCCUGCCAAAGGGGAAGGGCCCAGCGGGCUGCUGCCCGCAGCGUGACACAGCACACAUGGGUUCGCGCUGCGCUCCGCCAGGGCGCCACUCGCGGGGAGAAGGGAGACCCGGCGGAGGCGGAGAGGGGUCCUGGCCCCGCGCUGUGCCUGGGCUGGAGCCAUGGGCGGGAGGCAGGGCGCGCUGCGCACGGGGCUGGGCUGCGCCCUGCUGCUGGCCCUCUUCCUGCUGGGCUUCCUGGGAGGCUGGUUAAUGAAACCCACUAAAAAAACAACUAGCUCAGCAGAUGCCUAUCAAAAUGUGAGACAGAAACUUGUGGCUGAAAUGAAAGCAGAAAACAUCAAGCAGUUUCUACGUUCGUUUACAAAGUUUCCUCACCUGGCAGGAACAGAACAGAACCUUCACCUUGCUAAGCAAAUUCAAGCCCAGUGGAAGGAAUUUGGAUUGGAUUCAGCAGAGCUGGUUCAUUAUGAUGUCCUCCUUUCCUACCCAAAUGAAACUCAGCCCAACUAUGUCUCAAUUAUUGAUGAUCAAGGGAAUGAGAUUUUCAAUACAUCGUUGUUUGAGACGCCCCCUCAGGGAUAUGAAAACAUUACUGGUGUGCUGCCACCAUAUAAUGCUUUUUCAGCUCAAGGAGUGCCAGAGGCAGAUCUGGUGUACGUGAACUAUGGCCGCACAGAAGAUUUUUUCAAACUAGAGCGAGAGAUCGGAAUUAAUUGUACUGGAAAGAUUGUCAUUGCCAGAUAUGGGAAAAUCUUCAGAGGAAACAAAGUUAAAAAUGCCAUAUUAGCUGGAGCCAAAGGCAUUAUUCUGUAUUCAGACCCUGCUGACUACUGCGCCCCUGGAGUAGAUCCUUAUCCAAAUGGCUGGAACCUUCCUGGAGGUGGAGUCCAGCGUGGGAAUGUGUUAAAUCUGAAUGGGGCAGGAGAUCCUCUCACGCCAGGUUAUCCAGCAAAAGAAUACACCUUCAGGUCUGAAGUUGAUGAGGGAGUGGGAAUUCCCAAAAUCCCAGUUCAUCCCAUUGGAUAUCAUGAUGCAGAAAUAUUAUUACGCAUCCUGGGAGGACCUGCAGCACCAGACAAUAGCUGGAGGGGAAACCUCAAUGUGUCUUACAACAUUGGGCCUGGAUUUGCAGGCAGCUAUUCUAUAAGAAAGGUCAGAAUGCAUGUCCACACUCACAACAAAAUAACACGAAUUUACAAUGUUAUUGGCACUAUCAGUGGAGCGGAGGAACCAGACAGAUAUAUUAUUCUGGGAGGACACAGAGACUCCUGGGUAUUUGGUGGGAUUGAUCCAACCACUGGCGCAGCUGUUCUUCAAGAAGUUGCUCGGAGUUUCGGCAAAAUGAUGAUGGAAGGUUGGAGACCUAAAAGAACUAUUAUUUUUGCUAGCUGGGAUGCAGAAGAAUUUGGACUAUUAGGUUCCACAGAAUGGGCUGAGGUAAAUAAAGAAUAAAUGCAGGAGCAGACACCUGCUUAUUUCCCUGUCUGUGUUUGGUUUUCAGGCAACUACACUUUAAGAGUUGACUGCAGCCCCCUUCUCUACAAAUUGGUGUAUAAUCUGACAGAAGAGAUUGCAAGCCCUGAUGAGGAUUAUGAAGGCAAGUCUCUCUAUGAAAGCUGGCUUGAAAAGGACCCCUCAACAGAAAGUAAAAGUCAUCCCAGAAUAAACAAACUGGGAUCAGGCAGUGAUUUUGAAGCUUAUUUUCAGCGUCUGGGAAUUACAUCAGGCAGAGCCCGUUAUACAAAGAACAGGAGAGCAGACAAGUUCAGCAAUUACCCAGUUUACCACACCGUCUAUGAGACUUUUGAGUUAGUAGAACGAUUUUAUGACCCCACAUUCAUGAAACAGCUUACUGUUGCCCAGUUACGAGGAGGACUGGUGUAUGAACUGGCAGACUCCCAGGUCAUUCCUUUCAACUGCCAAGAUUAUGGAGAAGCCUUAAGAAAAUACACAAAUAGAAUCUAUAAUUUGACCAAGAAACAUGAAGAACAGGUAGAGACUUACAGAGUGUCAUUUGGUCCCCUUUUUUCUGCUGUGAUGAAUUUCACAGAAGCUGCUGCUGAUUUUCACAGAAGACUUAAAGAGGUUGAUGUGAAUAAUCCAAUUGCUGUGCGAAUCAUGAAUGAUCAGCUGAUGUUUGUGGAAAGAGCUUUCAUCGAUCCUCUUGGUUUACCAGGCAGGAAAUUUUACAGACACAUUGUUUUUGCUCCGAGCAGCCACAACAAGUACGCUGGAGAGUCAUUCCCAGGGAUCUACGAUGCCGUGUUCGAUAUAGAAAACAAAGCGGAUCAGCGCAAAGCCUGGGAAGAAGUAAAGAGGCAGAUCUCCAUUGCAGCCUUCACCGUGCAGGCUGCAGCAGGGACUCUGAAGGACGUAGCAUAGGGACAAGGCACCAGCAGGCUUGAACACAUAGCCUAACUCUUAAAAAAUGGCAGUCAGUGUACUAGACUUCCACUUUGUGCAUAGUAUUUACUCGGGUUGCAAUAUAACCAGCCUUUUGCAUACAGAAGUCCCCUGGGAGUUAGUGAGAGCUGUUGGUGUUAUGGGACUGUUGGUUAAGGAACCAGUGUUGGUUCUCUGAGACUGGCAAAAGAUCCACUAAUUUUGGGACCUCAGUUUUUGGGUUCUGAGCACUUCUGAAAAUCAAGCUCCCAAGCUGCAUCUGCACUAGAGAAACUAGAACCUGCCACUGGUGCAGUUUUGUUAGUGGUAGCAGGUGGAAGUCAUAAUGCAGACAGAGCUCAGGGGUUUAACACCAUGUGUCUUAAUGGUGUUCUGAGCAGGAUUAAACAACAUGGUAAGAAUGCCUGAACUCUGUCUGCACUAGAGCUUCCAUCACUGAGGCAGCUUUUGCAUUGGGUCUGAUCCACUAUGGCUACGCCUAUGACCUAAUUUUCCUAGUGUGGACAAUGAUUUAGGGCAUAGGAAUUGCAGUACUGGAUCAGACCCAUGGUACAUCUAGUCCAGUAUCAUGUCUCUGACAGUGGUCAGCACCACAUGCUUCAGAGAAAGGUACAAGAAACUCACAGCCGUCCCCUCAUAGAGAUUGAUAUACUGUGCAUCAUCAGGCUUUAUCUCCCUACCCAUAGUCUUUGAUUGUGGGUGUGAUUAUAAAAGAUGGUGAGCACCCACAAUCCCAACUUACUUCAAUGGUAUUAGGUGUUCUCCUCUGAAAACUCCAGUUCUAGGUGUCCCAUGCUGCACAUCCAUAAUCAGUGAACAGUUGACAAUGUAGGUCCAGAUGCUUUUUAUGCCAUUUUUAAUAAUCAAAUGAAGUACUAAAAAAAUCCAUUUCUAUGCAGAAGUUUUGAAAACCCUUAGGCUGAGAUUUACAAAGGGGAUCGGGGGGGGGGGGAGUUAGGCAUCAAAAUCCCUUUUUGAAAUUUUCCUUCUGAAAAUCCCAGACUUAUGCAAUAUCACUACCCAGGUGCUUUUAAGAGGAAAAAGAGCCAGUAGAGAAUCACCAUCCCUCCUGUGAUGAGCUAUCUGCUCCAUUUGUAACAUGCCAUCACUUUCCUCUCAUCAGCUGUUAUUCAUCGUGCCCUCUUUAAUUGGGAAAGCUAUUUUAUACCAUGCUCUCACCCACCAGCUGAUGUCUGAUGACAGAGGCGGAAAGUGUUUUCCCAGAAUGCUAUUAAUUACUGUUCUGAGCAGAAGGGAUGGAACGCUCGGCAUUUCUCCUUCAACUUCUACAGGACUAAACGACACACAAUUUUUGUCUUCUGAUGUUCCCAGUUAAAACUUUAAUGUGAAACUUACAGUUAUUUUAAAUUCCAGGGAUGAAGGAAGAAAGUAAAAUGACCAGACAAAAAGGGAACUGAAACACUUUUCAGAAACCAUACGCCGGAUAUAAAAAGAAGAAAAUAUUCUAAGAGUGGGGAUUUUCCUCAGUGACUUGGCCAACAUUCCCUCUCUGCCCCAGGGUGUGCAAUAUGGUAGCUUACCUUCAGUUCCCAAGGUGGCUGCAUUUCUGUGGUUCUGGCUGCAUAUAAGGGUUAUGAGGUCUUUCAGGCUGUCGAUAUAAAUGGAUAAUAUUAAAAAUCACUUACACUACCCUCCACAACUCCAUUUACACAGUGCCUAUGUUUUGAUUCAUUUAUUCAACCUGUCUGAAGCAAUCUGUGGGUCAUGUAACUGAAAAGCAUCCAAUCCUCAGCGUUUAAAACCUAACAUGGGACAAU